AAAAAAAAGAAAAAAAGGCAGGAAAUUUCUUACAUUAUUAAUACUUCUCCAACCUCCCUCUUCUCUUCUCUCUUCUUCAGGAGUCUCUCCUACCCUCACCUCACAUCCAACCACACAACUAUAGAGAGAGAAAGUGAGAGACUCCAUUAUUUCCUUUUAUAAUUUCUUCAUUUUUCUUUCUGGGUACCAAUAAUUUCUCCUAAUUUUCCCUAAAAUUCCAUCGAAAUUUGAAGAAAUUUUGAUCUGGGUAUUUUUUUUUUCAUCAAAUUUGAUCUGGGAUUCAGCUCAAAUUCAAUAAUGGAUUCCAAUUCAAUCAAAGUAUCACCUUUAGAUCUAAUGAGUGCUCUACUAAAAGGAAACUUCGAGCAACUAAACGCGUCGUUUGAAGACUCUUCUGCUGCUGCACUCAUCGUUGAGAAUCGUGAAGUUCUUAUGUUUGUUACAACUUCCAUUGCUGUACUUAUUGGUUGUGCUUUCUUGUUCAUUUGGAAGAAAUCCAACGGUGGAAAAUCAUCUAAAGUUGUUUCUGAACUUCCUAAACCGUUGAUUCUUAAAGAUGAUGAUGUUGAAGUUGAUGAUGGAAAAAAGAAAGUUACUGUCUUUUUUGGUACUCAAACUGGUACUGCUGAAGGAUUUGCAAAGGCGUUAGUAGAGGAGGCUAAAGCAAGAUAUGAGAAAGCGACUUUUAAAAUUGUUGAUUUGGAUGAUUAUGCUGGAGAUGAUGAUGAAUAUGAGAGAAAAUUGAAGAAGGAAAAUUUGGCUUUCUUCUUCUUAGCUACGUAUGGAGAUGGGGAGCCAACAGACAAUGCAGCAAGAUUUUAUAAAUGGUUCCUUGAGGGGAAGGACAGGGGUGAGUGGCUUCAAAACCUUGAGUAUGGAGUCUUUGGGCUUGGAAAUAGACAGUAUGAACAUUUCAACAAGGUUGGCAAGGAGAUCGACGAGCUCCUCGCUGAGCAAGGUGCAAAACGCCUUGUUCCAGUUGGUCUUGGUGAUGAUGACCAGUGCAUCGAAGAUGAUUUUACAGCUUGGAAGGACUUAGUCUGGCCAGAAUUAGACCGGCUGCUUCGGGACGAGGAUGAUGUAGCUGUGUCUACUCCUUAUACUGCUACCAUACCAGAAUACCGGGUUGUGUUUCACGAGGCUGCUGAAGUAGCUCAGCAAGACAAGAGCUGGGCUAAUGCUAAUGGUCAUGCAGUGUUUGAUGCCCAACAUCCAUGCAGAUCAAAUGUUGCUGUGAGAAGGGAGCUACAUACUCCUGCUUCAGAUCGUUCUUGCACCCAUUUGGAAUUUGACGUUUCUGGCACAGGGCUUAAAUAUGAGACAGGGGAUCAUGUUGGUGUCUACUGUGAAAAUCUUGUUGAGACUGUGGAAGAAGCUGAAAGAUUAUUAGGCCUGAAAGAUACUUACUUUUCUAUCCAUACUGAUAACGAAGACGGCACUCCUGUUGCUGGAACCUCACUACCACCACCUUUCCCCCCUUGUACUUUAAGAUCGGCUCUCACUCGAUAUGCUGAUCUUUUAAGCUCCCCCAAAAAGUCUGCUUUGCUCGCUUUAGCAGCUCAUGCUUCUGAUCCAAAUGAAGCCAAACGGUUGAAAUAUCUCGCAUCUCCUGCCGGAAAGGAUGAAUAUUCUCAGUGGGUAGUUGCAAGUCAGAGGAGUCUUCUUGAGGUCAUGGCCGAGUUCCCCUCAGCUAAACCACCACUUGGAGUUUUCUUUGCUGCAGUGGCACCACGUUUACAGCCUCGAUACUACUCCAUCUCAUCCUCCCCAAGAGUGGCCCCAUCAAGAAUUCAUGUUACAUGUGCAUUGGUUCUUGAUAAAAUGCCCACUGGAAGGAUUCAUAAAGGAGUUUGUUCAACUUGGAUGAAGAAUUCCGUAGCUCAAGGGGAGAGUCAUGAUUGUAGUUGGGCACCUAUUUUUGUGAGGCAGUCCAACUUCAAACUCCCAGCAGAUUCAUCUGUUCCAAUUAUAAUGAUCGGUCCAGGAACUGGAUUAGCACCUUUCAGGGGAUUCUUGCAGGAAAGAUCCGCUCUGAAAGAAGACGGAGUAGAUCUUGGGCAAGCGAUAUUGUUUUUUGGCUGUAGAAACCGUAAAGUGGAUUUUAUUUACGAAGACGAGCUCCAGAACUUCGUUGAAACCGGUGUGCUUUCAGAGCUGGUAGUUGCUUUCUCACGAGAGGGGCCCACGAAAGAAUAUGUACAACACAAAAUGAUGGAAAGAGCUUCAGAUGUGUGGAAUGUAAUUAAUCAAGGAGGGUAUGUCUAUGUUUGUGGUGACGCCAAAGGCAUGGCACGAGAUGUUCACCGAGUCCUUCACACAAUUUUACAGGAGCAGGGCGGUAUGGGUAGUUCCCAAGCGGAAGGGAUGGUGAAGAAUUUGCAGACAACUGGUAGAUACUUGCGUGAUGUUUGGUAAGGACUCAAUUUAACAAUUCAAAAGAAGCAGCAGCAGAAAGACAAGAAUACUAAGAAGAAAAAUGAAAGAAACAUACUUUUGUUGGAAUUGCAUCCUUGAAAUUGAAAAGGAUGUGUUAUAGUAGCCUAAUUAUUUAUGUACUAAUUCUUUUUCUGUAAGAUGAACAAUUUUUUGCUUUCUUUUCAUCUGGGUAACUGUUGGUGGGGAUUCCUUGUAUUUUGUACCAUAAUAAGUUGAUAUUACAAGUAUAUCUUUAGUCAGGAAUGCAAGUAAAUGUAAUGUAGCAGUAUUUUUGUGACAGAGAUAUUAGCGUUUUGUAUCGCGAUCGACACAUUUAUUAUACAUACUAUGAAAUUUAUUUAAUUAGUUAA